CUAACUGAAUACAAAAACCAAGAAGGAGACGACUGACUGUUAGCCAUGUUAGCUGCUUGUUCUUUGGGCUUGUGAGGUCAACAUUUUCGUUUCUGCUCUAGAAAUGUUUAUCAACGCUGAUUAAGUUUAUCAGCAAGCGACUAGGUGUUGAGCAAAUAUUCACAAAGUCUGAAAAAGCCACCGUCCACGAAGGGAUCGAUCGUCAUCGCAGACAGUGUGAUAUGAGCUGGAAACCACAGAUCAACUCCUACAGAAUAGCGUGUCCAGAAGUCCCACAGGAUCAUGUCUGGGACAAGGAGGAGGUCGUGACUGGCCAGCAGCGCUGUAAGCAGGGGACCUCCUCCAGUUUGGACCACAAGGAACCAGAACCUCUACUGAUGAAAGAGGAACAGCAGGAAGUUUGCAUCAGUCAACAUGAAGGGCUGUUAAUUCUGAAGCAGGAAAAUGUUCCUUUCAUGGUGACUGCUCCUCCUGAAGAAACGGACUGCUGUAAACCAGAACCUCUGAAAGAAGUCCCACUGCAUCAUGUCUGCAAAAAGGAAAAGGUUGUGACUGACCUGCAGCUCUGUGAGCCGGAGACCACCUCUAGUUUGGACCAGAAGGAACCAAAACCUCUUCUAAUGAAAGAGGAACAGCAGGAACUCUGCAUCAAUCAGCAUGAAGGGCCGUUCAUUCUGAAACAGGAACGUGUUCCCUCCAUGGUGACUGCUCCUUCUGAAGAAACAGACUGGUGUAAACCAGAACCAGACAGGAACCAACCCUUGUGUCAGAGUUCUGCUGAAGCUGAGAACCAAGAUCAGGAUGGAUGCUGGAGUGAAAACUCAGAAUCAAACAACAGUGAUAAUGAACUGAUACAAAAUAAAAGACAAAGACAAACUAAAGAUACACACAGAGAAUGUGUAGAUGGUCCCAAAAGGCUCAAAGGAACUCACACAGGUGAUAGGCCAUUCACAUGUGAAACGUGUGGUAAAUGCUUCUCUGAGAGAAAAAUCUUGACUGUUCACCGAAAGACCCACACUGGCGAUAAGCCAUAUCAUUGUGAAGCUUGUGGUAAAUGUUUCUGUCAGAGUAGUCAGCUGACCCAUCACAUGAGAACUCACACAGGCGAGAAGCCGUUCACAUGUGAAACUUGUGGUGAUUGUUUCUCUCACAGUAGUAACUUGACUCAUCACAUGAGAACUCAUACAGGUGAGAAGCCGUUCACAUGUGAAACGUGUGGUAAGUGUUUCUCUCUGAGAGGUAACUUAACUAAACACAUGGCAACUCACACAGGUGAGAAGCCAUUUUCAUGUGAAACUUGUGGUAAAUGUUUCUCUCAGAGAAAUAGCUUGGUUGUUCACAUGAGGACUCACACAGGUGAGAAGCCAUAUUCAUGUGAAAUUUGUGGUUAUUGUUGCUCUCACAGUAAUUCCUUGACUAAUCACAUGAAAAUUCACACAGACGAGAAACCAUAUUCAUGUGAAACUUGUGGUUAUAUAUGCUCUCACAGCAGUACCUUGACCAAUCACAUGAGAACUCACACAGGUGAGAAUCCGUUUUCAUGUGAAACUUGUGGUAAAGUUUUCUCUCAGAGAAAUAUGUUGGCGGUUCACAUGAGAACUCACAGAGGUGAGAAUCCAUAUUCAUGUGAAACUUGUGGUAAAUUUUACUUUGAUGAAUUUGACUUGACUACUCACAUGAGAACUCACACAGGUGAGAAGCCUUAUUCUUGUGAAACUUGUGGUAAAUGUUUAUCUUCUAAAAAAGGCUUGACUAGGCACAUGAUAAUUCACACAGUUAAGAAGCCAUAUUCAUGUGAAGCCUGUGGUAAAUGUUUCACUGAUAAAAGCGACUUGACUAAACACAUGAGAACUAAAAAGUUUCUCUCAGAGUGGUCGCUUGACUGAUGACAUUAGAACUCACAAGGGUGAGAAGCAAUAUUCGUGCAAAACUUGUGGAUAAUGGUUGAAUAUUGAACACAAGCACUCUGGCAAACUGGUGUUCAGAGGUCGUAUCGCGACAACAGAACUAGUUUUCCAGCCGUUAGGCUGUUGGUUCACUGCUGACACAUGCUGUACACAACAACAUGUAAAUGCAAUCAAAUCAAAAGGCAAAAAUGAAUAAAAUAAAGGAAUGAAAAAGCAUUUUUAGUUUUA